UCCUAACAGGAUCUAGAUUUGUCCCUUAAGUUGACAGGUCAGAGCCAUACAUCGACCUUCACGACUUCAUCAUGUCCAUGAUGGCUUCGAUUCUGGUCUCUUUUCUAUACUACUUCGUCUUUAUACACGUUAAUUACGCGUCACUAGCUGCUGGACAAUUGGUCUUCCCUGUCCCAAGCGGUCAAUAUGCAGUCGCUCAUAGCACGCUUAAACUCACCGACGACUCCCGAGUUGACCCCUAUGACCCCAAUCAUGGGAAGCGGAAUGUCAUGAUCUCCCUUUUCUAUCCGAUACCUCGCUAUGCAUGUGAGCAAACCUGUCCAAUUCCAUACAUGCCUACCAUCACUGCGACCUACGUUGACACCUUCGCCGCUCAAUAUGGGGUUCCAAACGGUACAUUCGGGUCUAUCCGGAUGCAAGUAUGCUGCAAACCAUCUCGCCGCGUGGUUAAAGAUGUCGGGAAGUUCCCACUUGUAUUAUUCUCUCCCGGCUUGGGUGGUUCUCGGCUACUGUACAAUGUGCUCGCAGAAUCGCUAGCGAGUGCGGGAUAUGCAGUUGCUACGAUGGAUCAUACGUUCGAGACGCUUGUGGUUGAGUAUCCUGAUGGAUCAUUCACACCCGGACUCAACGCGUCGUACUGGGACCCGAGCAUACCCGGAAGACUGGAGUCACUCUUGGGUGUGCGAGUCGAGGACGGCCGCUUCGUCUUAUCGCAGCUCGGGCGCAAAGAUGUGGUCCAGAAGUUGGCGCCCGGGUCGGCGUGUGGAUUCAAUACCAGCCGUGUAGCAUUCUACGGUCAUUCGUUCGGCGGGGCCACAGCAAUCUCCGCACUCAUGAACGACACACGCUUCAUCGGAGCCAUCAAUAUGGACGGCACACUGUACGGCAAUCAAACUGAUGUCAAGAAACCCGCCCUGCUAUUUGGCCGAGCAGAGCCAAGUCCGCACAAUCGUACGAACGAUGCUAGCUGGGAAGGUGUUUGGAAGCAUUUGAAGGGAUGGAGAAGAGAGCUCGGAUUAAAAAAUUCAGAGCACCUUACGUUCGGUGAUGUUCCAUUACUCCUCAAGCUGAGUAGGUUACCGAUUCCUGUCAAGCCAAUCAUUGGGAGCCUGGAUGGUGAAAGAAGCUUUAAGAUUAUUACAACGUAUAUCGAGGCGUUUAUGGAUUACGUUUUGAAAGGGAGGAAGAGUGAGCUUUUUAGUGGACCGAGCGAGAAGUUUCCUGAGAUUGUGGUGGGAUAAUAUAGUUUUCCUCUAACGUAACGUACCUGGCAAGCGAGCGGCGCAGGCAAGCAAGCGGCGCACCCCACCAACUUUUCGCGAUGCGUC